AUGGGUUAUCACAAGGAAGGAAGUUUAGCCCUAGCGUUAAUAUUACAAUUGUCACUCAUCAUCGAUGGUAGACACAACACAGGCAAGCCUGAAUACAAAACCGUGGCCGGGCGCACGCGCGUCAGUGCCGAUUCUAAACCGGUGGAAAAAGACAAUUCGUCUGCCUGUUGUAGUCGCGGGCGCGUCGCGAAUUACGGACCAACCGUGAACAUACAGCACAUCAGCCAAUCCCAGGGGAUCUUCCCUCAGCUGGCAGUAUUCGCCGACAGCGCCCACAAAAGAUCCGAAUGCGGUAUUGGUGCCCUGAUGCCAUGGCUGGAGAAGCUUUACAUGGUCACUUACCUGUCCGUGCCCGAUGGUGGGAAUGGAACCGGUCUCUAUUCCAUUGACAAAAACAUGCAGUUGACCAAGUUAGCCUCUCACCAGUCCACAUUUGCCAACCGGUUGAUCCACAAGGAAACCAGCCAGAUUAUCAUCGGACCAUGGAUCAUCGACAGCAAGGAAACCAUCCGGACGUUCUCUCAACUACUGCACGUGCGGAUUACCGCCACGGCUGAGCACAUGGAGGCUCCAGAAAUUCAGGUGUACAUGUUAGACAUGGACGGUCCAUUAUGGGAAUGUGACGUCAUUCGCCUGAACUGCAGUCAGUUAUACAACCUUGUGGACGAACUAAAGAUACCGUUCAAUCAGCAGCCUCAUUUCAAAGCGGCGCACACGAUGAACGGCAGGCUAGUGGUGGCAAGCAACACCUUCGAUGAAAAUGACCUUAUUGGAGAGCAGCACGGAGGCAGGCUGGCUGAGUGGCAGGGGACGGGAAAGGACUGGACCAUCUUAGAGAACACUGCUUUUGUCGAGGUGACGGGCAGGCGGAACCUGGGUCAGGUGAUCUACGCUGUAGGCUGGGAUCAUCGUUCUGUCAUUCUCAAGGUCUUCGACGGCCAAACUAGCGACUCACAGUCAGAUUCAAAAGACCCUUUAAAUCGCGGGUUGUGGAAAACGUACCGCUUGCCUAAAGCCAGUCAUGCUUAUGAUCAUUUGUGGCAGACAGAGUGGACGAGAAUACGAGAAGUGGAGACGGAACGCUAUUUGAUGGACGCUCAUGGAAUGUUCUAUGAGUUAUCUCCUCUUGGUUGGGCCGGAAGUACUUGGGGCAUUCGGCCUAUCAGCCAACAUUUGCGUAUAGUUCCGGAUUUCACGUCAUAUCGGGGUUUUCUGGUUCUUGGUGGAAAUCAGGUGUCAAGUAUAUUUGACAGCAAUGUCGUUACCGGACAAUCUCAGUCUGGUUUAUGGUUCGGCAAAACAGAUGAUCUCUGGGCUUUUGGGAAGCCACAAGGUUGGGGAGCAGUUUGGCGGCGAGAUAGAGUUACCAAAGGGAAACCAUCGGAUCCUUUUUUGAUGACUGGAUUUGACAAAAAGGUCGUCCAUUUUAUUGUACAUUCUGAUAAGGCAGUGCAUUUUACAAUAGAAGUGGACGUGACAGGUACUUCAGGUCAGCUGUCAGGUGAAGAUUGGCAGGUGAUGAGGCGACUAACAGUGGACACAUACGAGUACUACUCAUUCCGGGACGGUUUUACUGCUCACUGGGUCAGAGUUGUGGCCAAUGCGGAUUGCAUGGCCACGGUCUACUUCAUGUACACGUGAUCAUGAAUCUUUCCCCAUGGACGCCGGUUUGCGCAUGUCUACCGUUCUCAAUGCAAGAAGGUUAAACGUAUAACAGUUUUUGUUACUAAUAUCAAUGA